GUUUGGAGGGCACAUCAUGCAUUGCUGUGACGUUGCUGUAGCACACUGCAUGGAUUUCUGUACACUCUGGGUGCAUGAAACAGGUGCGGAACUGGCUAACUGCUUUCCCACAGAAUGGAUGACUUUGACUACAGCGUUCACAUAUCUGACAAAGACUGGGACGCCUUUCUAACAGAAUCCGAGGAAUGCAGUUUAUCACAGCCUUCCCUGGCCGGGUUAGAAGAGUCGUGUUUGAGUGAUGCUGAUGAUUCUGAGCUGGCCACGCCCCUCAGCAGAACAAGGCCAGUCAGGCUUCACACCUGCUCAGUGGAAACCACACUGCCUGACUUCUCCAUAAUCGACCCUCCAGACUUCUCAGGCUCUCCCAGUGAGCACGACCAGCCCUUCUACACCUCCCAAUAUGGAAGCUAUGCAGGGGAAGAUGUCCUGUCGGGCAGCGACGAGGAAAUGGACCUGGAGACUGUCAACAGGUUCCUGGAAAAGUUUAAGGAAUUUGCAGGUCAAGAGAAGUCUGCAAUGCAGGACCAAUCUUUUCUGGUACAUGGUUAUAGGAACCAGCCAAGCUCAUCCCAGACUAGUAAUUACGAUGAUAAACCAUGUCACACAGCCUGUGAGGAGGAAUAUACUAAGCAGGGUGAUGAUUCCCAUAGAGAAUGUGUAGAGACAUCACAAUUAGGGCAGUCUGGAUCAACAGGGACAUCUAACAGAGAGGAAUGUUGGCCAAUGAGUUUGAAGCUAACUUAUGAAGGCUCAACUGAGAACUUUGAGUGUUUGGCCAAUACACAAGAGAAUGCUUCAGCAGGAGAUGAGGCUGGUUUGCUGAACUGGACAGAGCUGGCAUCCGGAUCCAAAAGGACAGCUAGUAAAGACCAGAGUGGAAACAGUAAUGAAUUUCUACAGGAAGAAAACUGUUGGUCUGUAGAAGUGCAACCAAUCCAUAACCCCUCCAUUCAGAUAUCAGAGAAUACAGAAGAAGACUGCACUAUACGUCAGCUAAAAGAUCAUGUAUGUGGGGAUGUUUCAACAGGAGAAGCCAUUCAAAACUGGACAAAUCUGUCUGGAUCAGCAGUGCCAGCCAGCAAUGAACAAGGUGCAAACAGUACUGAUUCUGAAGUGCACAAACAAGAAGAAGCAUGCUGGCCUAUAGGAAUGGAAAUAAUUCACAGUGACUCCACUGAGAAUGUUAAAACUUCUUCAAAUGCGCAAACAAAUCCUCCAGUAGAAGAAUCUAUAGGCAAUGCAUUAGAGGAUGCAGCUGAAACAGAACUUUCUGUAUCAAAGGGACCUGAUAGAAGCACCCUGUGUGAGAACUCUAAUGAAACUCUGGAACCAAAAAAAGAAUGUUGGCAUGUCGGGAUGGAACUAGCUCGUAAUGACAUCGCAGAGAACAUGGAUACACAUGGAGCCCUGACAAAUCAUCAGCUGAUAGCCAAGGCUUCUGGGGACGUUACAGGUGAAAACCGUCAAGAUUUACAGAGCUGGACAGAGCAGUCUGGAUCAAAAGGGAUCACUAAUGGUGACCAGUGUGGAAACAGAAAUGAAAUGAAAGAAGAAAAAGAAGAAUGUUGGCAUGCAGGAAUGAAGCUAACCUGUAGUGACAAUAUGCCGACUUCUGCAAAUCCACAAACAGACCUCCCAAAAGAUGAACCUACCGGCAUAGCAGCUGGAGCUGGAGAUGACACUGCUCAAGAGUCACAGACUUGGACAGAAGAGUCUGGAUUAACCACACCUGUUAACAAUAACCCCCAGUGUGAAGACUGGAGUGAAGGGCUGCAGAGAGAAGGUUGCCCUACAGAAAUGGUUCCGACAGAGAGCAUUCAGUCUGCUUUAGACAAAAGCCAGGCCAGAGAUGAAGACAGUGCACCCAGAAAGGUUUUGCCAGAUGUCACUGCAGAACAAAAUACCUUAGUAAACACCGCCUAUGUGAUUGAUAUCAUACGUGAAGCAGUGUCCAGUAAUCCCACAGCUCUAGAUAAACAACCAGAAGAAAGCUCACACAGUUCUGUUCUGAAUGACAGCUCAUCUGUCACGUUUGGGGCUCUCAUUUCAAAUAGCUCUGCACAGCACAACACAUGUCAGCAAAAUUCAAUGGAUUGUGCAGUUACAGCCGGCGUGAAUAUAAGUGAUAUGACCCAUGAAGUUGCCUUUGAUGAACUCUCAGGCGAUAGCUCAUACAUUACAUUCAGGGCUUCAGUUAGGAGUGACUUUGUGCCUGUGCAAGAAAGUAACAGGAAAGACCAUGUAAUCGAUGGAACAGUUUUUAAGGGGGAGCGCCCCAUGCAGAUUACAAAUCCAGAUAUUUCAAAAGCCCCAGCACCCAGUGAUCCAACGCACCCACAACCAGCUAAUGCAACCGGGUUCAGCAAGGCAGCAGAAGGGGCCUCUUUGCACCUGCAGGAAGUCCAGCAGAAUCACAUAUCUUUCAAAGAUACUUUACAUUCUGCGGAUUCCAGCGAUUCCUAUGUUCAGGAGCAUAAUGCUGGCAAGAGUGAAGUAGAUGAUACUGCCAGUAAUCCAGGUUCAAAGCCAUGUGCUGUCAUUCAAGACAGAGCAGUGCGCAGAAAUUCAACUGAGCAUUCAAAUGUAGAGAAGCCACCCCAAGUUCAUGCAAUCUCACCGUUCUGGGACGUGAUGGAAAAGCUGACAAUAAAUGAUAUUUUAUAUAUCAAGCAGCUGAACAAUAGUAAGCAAGCAAGGGAGGUCCCUGUGCAUGAAAACACAACGGCAGACGUUUCAGACACGGCAGAUUGUGAGUAUUCCACACAUCUGGAAGACGACAAGCGUGACACAUCUUAUGGGAAUGAUAUCUAUGUUACUUCAGAUUCGGAAGAGUUUUUACCCAUGCAGGAAACUAAAGCAGAUCGCAUUCUAGACUUCAUGCAGUUUGUAGAACCGCAAGAUAUUCCCAUAACCUCCAGUUCCAGUGAGAACAAUGAGGCUCAGCUGUGGAGGAGAGUAUCAGAAACCGGUUUGAAAGAGGCAGCACAGUGUGCAGGAGCUGGAAUCCCCCACCUGACUACAGCUCCUUCAGAAUUUGUGGAUGAAAAAUGUUUUGGUGGGAUUUGCAAAGAUAUAAGCGAGAAGUCAUUAAGAGCAUUAGAAAUCCAAGCAAGUAAACAACAUGAAUUCAGUGUCAACGAACGUCUUCUCUUGCAGUCCUGCAAAGAAGAAGCUGAAAAUGCUUGUCUCUCCGCUGUGAAUCGUCCAAGACUUGAAGACAGCAGUAACCCAAUUGUAGUUCCUCCACUUAUUUGUUCUGCCUCAGACUUACCUGACAAAGAGAGCUUUAAGAUUUCAAUAUCUGAAAUCUUCGGGUAUCUUUUUGGCGGCAGUCAACAUGGAAAUGAUGCAUGCCCUGUUUCUAAUACAGAACCCUCAACCAUGUCAGUUAAGGAUCGUGACCUGUGUAAUCUCUCCGUACCUGAGAUGUAUGAUUACUUUUUCUCUGAGUUUGAGGCAGGAGGUGAGGCACAGAGUGAGGGGAAUAUGCCUGCACCUAUUUUCCCACACUCAAGAUCGUUCGACAAGGCUCUGACAGUCCCCGAGAUGUACGAUUACUUUUUCUCUGAGUUUGAGGCAGGAGCUGAGGCACAGAGUGAGGGGAAUAUGCCUGCACCUAUUUUCCCACGCUCAAGAUCGUUCGACAAGGCUCUGACAGUCCCCGAGAUGUACGAUUACUUUUUCCCUGAAGAAGACGGAGAGAAUCUUCAUGAGGAAGGCGAGGAAGACUCUGGCCCUAUACAUGUAGUGACACACGUUGACCAGAGUGAUCAUGAAUCCACUUUCGUGCCUGUCCCAGAGGCGUAUGAUUACUUCUUCAAUAACAAAGAAAGAGAGGGAGAUUUAUUUGGGAUGUUCACCACAUCGCUGCGGAGAAGACAUUUCACUACAGGGAUUAAAAAAGCCCUUGCAGGCAUCAUGUGCAUGGUGCAGAGGGACAAAACAGAGGAACAGCCCAAAAACAAGUUGCAUCCAUCCAGGGCUGGGAAGAAUGAAAACCAGGAUCUGUCUGCACUGCAAAUACAAUUCCCUGAAUACGAGGUACUGAGAUAUAUUGAAGAACAAACAAGGUCAACUGAGGCUAGAGCGGCAGCAGCAGCACCAAGAAAAGGAAAUGUCCUUAUGACUCUUGAUCAGUCUGACAUGGGUUUAGUUUGCAUAGCCUUUGCAUCCUGGGUAAUUAAAUCUGCUAAUCCACAUUCUCCAGACUUGUGGAAAACUGCUUUGCUGGCAAAUGUUAGUGUGAUCUCUGCAAUUCAAUACCUCAGAAGAUAUGGGAAGGAGAAAAACCCAAAAUAUUUGUAACUGUUAACCCCUCGUGUGACUGCUUUUUUUUUUUUUUUUUUUAAUAACGAAACAUGUUUAGUUUGUAUUCAUUUUAUUACGCGUAUAGAGUUAAAAAAUAUAUGUAUAGCUAAAAUAUUUUUGUAAAAACAGAAAUUUGUAAUACAGGAUGUGUCCAAAUUCUUAAACGAGCCAAAUGUAUUUUUUUUUAUGAAGUUAUGAUUAUGAUAGGAAAAUAAGAACAUUGUUCAGAAAGGUUUGAUGACGGUAUUUGUGUGAUGCAAUAUGUACGUAUUUAUUGAAGUAAUAGUGCUGGGAGAUGGGUUUAAGUCUGCAUUGUAUAGAGUAUUCUAUUUUAAAUCCUUAAUUAACAGAAUAAUGUGUUUAUAACUGAAGGGAUUAGACAUAUUGAUAUUAAAUUCAAUAACGUUUCGACUAGAAGCCUUUUUUGUCAUUGAAUUUCAGUUUGGUCUAGUAUUUCUACAUUCCGCACUACACAUAGGAUUGUUUGAAUAGUUCUGAAUGCUAUAACUAAACAGAAAAACAUAACGGGAAUUGAAAUAACGGAAAGGGGUUAAGGUGGUCCAGCCAGGUCAGCAGAAGUUUGUUGAACUUUCAAUAAAAUACAAAUCGCAUUAUUAGAAAAACGUGGGGCUCUGUUAUGUAACUGGCUCACUAUGGGUUGCACCAGGUAGGUUAGCAGGAUUGAAGGAACAUCUGCAUGGGGUUGUUGGCAGGGAUUCCGUGGGUAUUUGAAAACGCGGUUAAGGAUGUAAGUAUUUUGGAGAAAACUAUGCAUUAUCUGUAUAUAUUGCCCAGUGAAUCUAUUUAGUGUGAAUCACAUCUGAAAAUGCCAUGCUUCUUGUGUGUGUGUGUGUGUGUGUGUGUGUGUGUGUGUGUAUAUAUAUAUAUAUAUAUAUAUAUA